CCAAUGUAUCUCAUGUCGUAUUUUAUACCGUUUUAGCAAAGCUAUAUGCAACAUAGCCCCCUUUAAACAUGCUCGAUCAGAAGUGACCCCGCAGGACUAUUAAAAAGACUACUUGAAAGUCAGUCCCAUGAAGUCGUUUAAGUUUUCUCUUUAGGACAGUCCUAGUUUGUUCUUGCUAGCACAAUAUGGCUACCAAUUCAGCAUCAAAUCCUCCUAGCCCGAAUGCUGGGAUCUACGCCCCUCUGGGUCCCAACCAGGCUAGAUUGAUCGAAAUCCUACCUUCUGAUGACGAUGACCAGCCGGUGAACUGCCUACUCCGAACCGCUGAAUUGACGCCGGAUCUUCACUAUGCCGCUCUAUCUUACGUCUGGGGCGAUCCCAAAGUCACACGAGAUAUUCUCAUUAAUGGGCACAUCCUUCCUGUGACCACUAAUCUCGCGUGCGCGUUGUGGUAUUUCCGAAAAGGGGGCUUCCCAAAUAAUGAACUAACGGGAAAGAUACGGUUUCUCUGGGUAGACGCUCUCUGUAUCAACCAGGAAGACACCGCUGAACGUAGCCACCAAGUAACGCUCAUGGGGACCAUCUACCGCAACGCGAGCUCGGUAUUAUCGUGGCUUGAGGAUCCAGAGCUUGGGCACAUUAAUACUGUAUUUCCGCUCAUACGUGGACUCCCAUCUAAGAUGGAAUCUAUCGCUCAGUCAUGGGAUAAAGAUGCAUGGGAGAGAGAUAAAGACGGAUGCUUAACUGCUACGAGAAGGGCGGGCCUUGAAUGGCUGCUCUCGGAGCCUGAGAAAAUGAGACCUUUUAUGAAAUUAUCAAAAUGCACCUACUGGACUCGAAUAUGGAUCGUCCGGGAGAUGGCCUUGGCGAAGAUACCAAUAAUACAUUGGUUUAUUUGUGGCCACGACUCUGUCAAUUUCACGCAACUUGCCCUAUUCGACGCCUGGAUCCUAUUCAUUUUCAAGGCGGAGUUUGAAUUAGCGCUAGACAUCUUUACGGUAGGAAGCCGUAUGGUCUGGCGUCUAGUGCACCUGGCAGUGCAAGAUCUAAUAGCCAAUACUCUAUUUGAGUUAGAAGCUAUAGAGACAUUUAUGGAAAUCGACGGUAGAGAUAAGUUGGUGGACCGCAUUGUGAGGGGGGAUCCUUUGUUUUCCCUAGCACAUCUGCUGGAGGGACCUGGGCAUGCCGACUUAAGCAGAUCUACUUGUCUAUUUGACAAAGUACAGGUAGCGGGGAUCAGGACCUUUGCUACUGAUCCCCGGGAUAUGGUGUACUCAGUGCUUGACCUAAGUUAUACUGAUAUCGUACCAGACUAUACCAAGUCUGUAAGAGAAGUCUAUCUCAACGUCGUAGGCAAUGAGGCAACAAGGCUAGCGGGGUCUUACUUGCAACUUUCUGGACGUGCUUACAAUAUUGAGAACGAGCAUAACCUUCCUUCCUGGUUGCCGGACUUCACCAACCAAGCAACAUGCGCGUAUAUCAGCAUAACCUACCGUCCCAAGUUGUUGAAAGGGUUCAAACUGUUGGAAGGGAUCAAAUUUCGUGAGCCGGAGAUAGUUAAUCAGGAAACCCUCCGCAUCCAGGGAGCAGCCUUAGACUCUAUAAAGCACGUUAAACGCAUCCCGGGAUAUUGCAAAGAUCACGAUAAAAUGAUAUACCAGCUCUGUGUUGACUACCUGGUCGAUUGGAUGGUACCCAACGAGGCCGCACGUGGAGAGUAUGGAGUAGGAUCCUGGUUGUGCCGGCUUGAUAGGCCACUGGAGAAACUCCUAGCAGCUUUACGUUGGGACGCCCCGGAUGAUGAUGAAGUUUCUCAUUUUCGUUGCUUCUGUGGCCCACGCAUGCCUGUGUAUACUUGGGAGUUCAUGAUCUUUCUACUUACCGGUAGUAACAUUCUGUCUGAGGUUGAAAUGAAAGAUGCGAAAAGACGACUUGAACUUCCUUCGGUAAUUCCACUGGAGAAGUUUAUGGCACAUUGCCUAGUAGAUUUGGAAAAAGUUACCAGCAAAGACGAAGACGACAAUGAGGGGCAUUGGAAUUUUUGGUAUCGAGGUAUCACCCCAGACAUGCUUCUUUUCCAAACUUAUGGUGGUAGAUUAGGGGUUGGACCGAAUGGCUUGAAACCUGGAGAUACCGUUUGCGUCGUUGAUCGAGCUCCAUCUCCAAUUGUCCUGAGGAAGGAUGAUUUAUCAGAGAAUGAAAGUUCACCUUUGGUACACAUGGGAGCAUGCUUUGUUGUAGGCUUAUUAGAUGAAAAGCCUGCUGAGAUGGUCAAAAGAGGCGAGCUGGAAAUUGAGACAUUCGAAAUACACUAGGUCUAUUGAAAGGGUAGUUUCUUUGAAUCUGUUAGAGUUGAUAUUGAAUAGUUACAAUACUAGCUGCGUUACCCGUUCGCGCAAGCGCUUACGGGGAGGGAGUGCCUAGCUUCAAGAGUGCCUUUUACGCCACAUAUAAGUCUGGCCUUUCUGAUUGGCUAGCCACACCUCAGCGCACGUCCGAUGAAUUUUUCGUAGAAUCAAUUGACCUAUUAUACUAUUGUAUAAAA